GUUCACACUACCGCAAUACAUAAAAGUUCUCAUCUUACGGUAUAGACUCUGUUGAUUGUUGGAUAGUACACAUAUGGAUGUUGUGAUUGAUAGUCGGGAUUCAGUGAGUAAUCUCGAUCAGUCCCGUUGGGGCAUAAAUCUAGACAAUUUACUGAAUGAUUCAGACGGUGUGGAAUUUUUCAACAAAUUUCUUUCCUAUAAACAUUCUGCAAGUCAUCUUCUUGAUUUCUGGUUUGCCUGCAAGGGCUUUCGGUCAAAUGCUGACUUGUCCAAUCCUGACAAACUUUUUCAAGUCGCUAAAGUUAUUUAUAGGACUUAUAUAAAGUCAGGUGCUUCACAUGCAGUUCCGCUUCCUUAUAUUUUAAAACAAAACAUUAAUGAGUGCCUGUCGUCCUACCAUCAUGGGUACAAAAAAGGCCUCUCUUCCAAUGCUUCUGUACAACCCCCUGAUCGGUGUCUGUUUGACUCAGCACAGAAUGUUGUAAAAAGUCUUCUGGAGCAAAAAUAUUAUCCCGAGUUCCUUACUUUCAUCGCAUGUCCCAGCAAUUUAUUAUGUAUAACUUCAAGUGGACCACUCUGUUCUGACAGAAAAACACGAAACAAGUACCUCGAGUUUCUUUAUUCAGACUAUAAACUGGAAAGUCGUCGAUCAAAUCGCACUAAGCACAAGUCAUUUUCUGAAUACAAUAGGUUUUCUGCUGAUCAAUCUCCUGGCGCCAAGAAUUUUCAUCCCUUAUACACUCCAGAUUAUAACCUUGCCAAUAAUAAUAAUAAUAAUUGUAAUAUACCUUCAACUUCGGAACAAAUUUCUACAAAUCCUUUUGUUCGACUAACUACCAGUUGGACAUCUUCAACAAUCCAAUCACCAAUUAUUCAUUCUGCACAACCUGAUUUUCACUAUGAUAAGUCAAGUAAAUCACAUCAUCACCAUCGAUCAACUAGUCGUCAUCAAUUCUUUAAUAUCGACGAUCUUCCACUACCUGGUAAUAUUCCUAAAAUGCCUGCAACAGCGAAUGAUUCCAUAUUAACUGAUAGUCAUCUACAACAAAUAGACAAUCAUGCAAAAGAUGCAACCAGUUCAAAACGACAACAUGAUAACAGCAACAUUUGUGACAGUCAAUCACAAUUCACAAAUCAACCGUGUUUUAUGAAUAAUAAUAAUAAUAAUAAUAAUAAUAAUAAUAAUAAUAAUAACAAUAAUAAUAAUAAUAAUAAUAAUAGUAAUGAUAAUCCACAUCCUGGAAACGGUUCAAGUCAAUUAUUAACACAAGCACCUAUCACAUCUUCAUCAGUAAUAACAAUGCAGUCAGUGAAUUCAACAUCAAAUAAUGUUGAUUUACCAUUUAUGCAUUCAAUUAAUUUACGACAAACACAUCAAUCGGAUAAUCUCAUAAAAGAGUCUAAUACUACUAAUACUACUACUACUACUACUAAUAAUAAUAAUAAUGAUAAUAAUCCUCCCAAAAUAAACUGGACAAUAAGAAAACAAACAAAUUUAGCUGAAUCAGAUCCAGUUUCAUUUGUUCAAUUAUUAACUGAUCGAUUAGAGAAAAUAAAAGAAUCACGUGGUAAAUUAGAAAAAUUAAUGUCACUUGUUAAUCAUCAGGUUGAUGAUAAACAUCUAACAGAGUCUAAAACUACUCUACCAAUAGGACAAACUGAUCCAAAUGAAUUCAUUUCUACUGUUAAUCAACAUAAUUCAUCACAUCAUUUAGAUCAAUCAAAUUGGUCACAAUUAAAAUCUAAUUCAUUUAUAAAUACAACCAAUAGUAUAAUGAAUGAAACAAAUUCUUCAACUAUUCAACAAUCUACAUUAAAUUAUCCUUAUAAUUCUACAUUGAUUAUGAAUACUGGAUCACAAUUAUUGAAUAGUGUCAAUAAAUUUCAAAAUGCUCAAGAAAUAUUAGAUGAUCAUUGUUCACGAAUUUGGGCAGAUGAAUCCGAUAUGAAUAUUGACACUCAAUUAUUAUUAUCAUAUUCAAAAAGAGAACAAAAUAAUUUGAUGCAUACACCGUAUCCUUCAAUGUUAUAUGAUGAUACACUUGUAAAUUCAAUGAAGCAUAAUACAACUGGUAUUGUACGCAAUGGAUCUAAUGUUAAAGAGUAUGAAAUGAAAAAAAUAAUGGAAAAAAGUAAACUUACUACAGUAGUUGUUUCGUCUACAGACUCUUCUUUUGUAUCUUCAAAUAAUAAUAAUAAUAAUAAUAACAGGACAGAAAUAUCGGAUAAUUCUCAUCGAAGACGACAUAUUACUGCUUCUGGUGGUAAUGUGACUUAUCGAAGUUUCAGUCGACCUAAUAAAGCUGAUCUACGGUCUAUCGCUUCAUGGGAUAGUGGUGUUGUAAGUAAUUAUUAUGAAAAAAAGCAUCGAUUACAUCAUCACCAUCAUCAUCAUCAUCGUGAUGAUUUAGAUAUUAUGGAUGAUACAGUAGACACUGCAUCAAUUUUAGAAGCGGCUAGUUUGCAAGCUUUAUCAUCAUCAACUACAGAGUUAGCUCUUGUCAAUGGUGAAGUAACUGCUAAACUAGUUGAGAAAAUUAUACGUCAUUAUCCACGUGGAAUAUUCGAUGGUGACGAUGAUUAUGUUAGAAAGAAUCAUACAAAUACAAGUGAAAAGUCAUAUUUUAAAUCAAGUCAAUUCAAAGAAACCUCAAAUCCAAAUUAUGCAUAUCCGUUUAGUAGUAGUAGGUUGAGACGAAGAAGUAAACAAUGUGAAUCUUUUUACGAAUCACCGUCAUCAUCACUAUCUUACCCAAUCCCUGGUGUUAAUUUGAAUUCUACAUGUUCUGUUAACAAUACUACCACUGCUACUACUGGUACCUGUCAACAACACCCUGGCAUAAUGAUCCCAUGUGAAUGUCAUCGUUGUAUUCAUUGUACACAUUCACCAUCAGCAUUAAAUGAUCAUUUAUCAGCAAACUAUUGUAAUUGUAAUUAUAUUCAUCAAUUAAAUGAUAAACCUCAACAUUCUACUACUUGUCAUAGUCAACAAUUGCCCAUUAUUACUGCUUCAGAUACAUCGAGUACUUUUGACUCAGGAAUAUCAUCUGCAUACGAUCAACUACCUUUAAGAAAACAAGUAAACAACAAUCGAGAAAAUCGAAGCCAGAGCCUUCAUAAUUGGCAAACAAAUCCUAAUUUCAAGGAUAAACAUCUUUCCACUCCACGAGGAAACCGUACCCAUUCUGCGUCAAAAUCCAUGUACGACAAUAAUGAUAAUAAUAGCAAUAAUAAUAAUAACAAUAGUGUUACUACUACUUAUACACGUGAGUGCCCUCUAACAAACUGCCUCAUUUCAUCGUGUUAUGAAUUUGAUUCGAAACAGUCAACACCCGGACAACAGUUUAGUCAACAUACUAUGAAUGAUUUACACUUAUGUGAUUCAUGUUCUUCAGUACAUCAUCAUUAUCAUAACAUUCGUCAUCAUUAUCGUCAUUCUCAUUUUCUUCACCAUCAUUCUCACUGUCCAGAAUUGAUGAUCAAUGAUUUGAAUUAUAAAUAUGAUGUGAAUAAUGAUUGUAAAAAGCCAACAAGUGGUAAAUUACUUCAACACUGGUUACAAUUACAACAAAAUUCAUCAGAAACUUUACAUACACCACUUCGACCUACUACUACUACUACUAAUGAUGAUGAUGAUGAGCAGAAAAUAAAAUCUCUAUCUUCAGAUCAUGCUGUGUUGUUGUCCAAUGAUAAUUCACAAGCACAGAUUAAUAAAAAUGGUAAAGAACCAUCAUCAUCAUCGUCACAUGGAAGAAAAUCACAUCAUCAUCACCAUCAUCAUCAUCAUAGUCAUCGGAAAUCUAGCGCACAUCGUAUUGGUAGUAAUAAUGUCAAUAUGACUACUAAUAGUAGUAGUACCAAUAAUAAGAAUCCUAAAAAUUCAAUGAAUGUUGACAAUAGUUUGGAGUUGAACAACAAUAUUCGACUGGAUUUGGACGAAAACGAUGAUGAUCAUGAUGAAAAUAAUACAAGUACACGUUUGGACUCUAAAUUAUCUUCAUCAUCAUCUGGGAUGAUGCAACAGAGUUGCCAUACUACUUCCACAACUGGUUCAUCAGGUGCUGGAUUAGUUGUCGGCUAUUAUCUAUGCGAUGAUCCUGUUCCUUAUCGAACUGUUUGGACUGGUGGUUCACAUAAUCCACCUCCAUCUUCUUCCAUUUCUUCGUCUGGUCUAUUUGUUGAAGUUAAUGAUCAAUCAGAAAUUGUAGACAAUUUUCAAACUAAAUUGAGUAAUCAAUCUUUGUUAACAUUGGGACAAUUUAAACAAUUGAUUGCUAAAAAAGGUGUUUAUCGAUAUUUUUUCAAAAAACCCAAUGAUGAAUUUGGUACUGGUGUAGUUCAUGAAGAAUUAACAAAUGAUAAUGCUAUUCUACCAUUAUGGGAAGGUAAAGUUGUAGCACGUGUAGAACGUGCUGAUUAAUAAUAAUUUCAACCGUUCAAUAUUCUUCUUCUUCUUUUUCUUCAUCCAUGAUCCUUUCCUUUUAAUUUUAUAAUGAUUAAUCUAUGUAUUUGUUUAUUUCUUUUAUGUGUUAUGCUACUCCCCCUCCUCCUCCUCCUCCUCCUCCUCCUACCAUUGCAACUACCUCAUAUAUUUUAUCCCUAUUAAUUAUUGUUCCUGCCAUAUGUACACUUCUUUUUGUUGUUGUGUAUACAUGCAUUGAUGUAUAUCUACCUGCUUAUUUACUCGUAUGUAUGUAUGUAUGUGUGUGUGUAUUGAUAUGAUGAUUAUGUAACUAUCUAUUUAGUAUCUGUACAAACUAUUCUUUUAAUUAACUUUGUGUACAGUUUUAUGUUUUUUUUCUUCUUUUCUUUUCUUGUACAUACAAUAUAUUAUGUUGAAAAUAUUGGAAUCCUACUGUGUACUAUCAUAACGACUAUUAUUUACAAUUACUAAGUCUUAUGAACAGACAAAUUGUAACCAUAAUUGUUUCGAAUAUUUUCAUAUCAAUAUCUAUUUCGAACAUUUUGUUUAUUAGUGAUAAACUUUUGUGUAUGUGUGUCUCUCUCUCCCUCUGUGUGUGUGUGUGUAUGUGUUGAUCUGUAUUACAGUUUGGGUCUGUGCAUUACACUUCACUUCACUCCAACAACGACAGCAACAACAACAACACUCACACACACACACACACACUCUCAAUAAUCCUCAAAUUGUACGUGUAUUUGAAAGAAAAAAAAGAAAGAAGUAAUUGCAUAUAUAAUUAAUUAAUUAAUUAGUUUCAGUUAACUUUGAUUUCUCUCUCUCUCUCUUUCUGUUUUUAUUGUUAUGGUUCUGGUGAAAGUCAUGGAGAUAAAUAAUAUAAUUAUAUAUUUCAA